AAAGCUUCCUCAGUUGCACAAAAAUAUUUAUUCGUGGAGGUGGUGUUUUUCUGCAAAUUUCGUUUGUUUAAUUACGGAUUUUAAGUAAUCUUAUUACAGAACAUUAAAUAAACAAAAUUUCUUGUAUUAUUUCACAACACAUAGCAAGUAACUCAUAUAAAUAAAGAGAAAAAAGUAUUAAAUAACUUCGUGCUAUUUGUAAGAAUCCAACAAGAGGCAUAAUAAUUCACGCAUCGAAAAGCAUAUAAUAAAUCGAAAUCAAAAGUCAAGUGUCGUCAGUCUGUGUAACAUUUAAUAAAAUAUUAUGCAACGAAUUGCAGUAAUUGGUGGCACCGGCAUGACCGGACAAUGUGUAGUGGAUUAUGCAUUACAAAAAGGUCUUCAAGUACGUUUGUUGUACCGCACAGAGAAAACGGUACCAGAACGUUUUAAGGGCAAAGUAGAUAUGGUGCAAGGCAAUGUUACUAAUUAUGACGACUGCCUAAAAGUGGUAGAGGGUGUAGAUGCCGUAUGCGUUAUUUUGGGCACACGUAAUAAACUAGAGGCAACAACUGAACUUUCUACUGGUACCGCCAAUCUCAUAAAAGUAAUGAAGGCACUAAAUGUUACGAAAUAUUCAAUUGUUAUGUCUUCAUUUCUGCUACGUCCCGUAUCCGAAGUACCAGCAAUGUUCCAUCGCCUUAAUGAGGAACAUCAACGUAUGUUGGAUCUAACAAAAGCAUCGGAUUUAGAGUAUAUUGCUAUACUUCCACCACAUAUAGCAGAUGAACCUUCAUCUGCUUACACUGUACUACACGAUGAGGCUCCUGGACGCCUUAUAUCUAAAUAUGAUUUGGCCAAAUUUAUAGUGGAUUCCUUAGAACAGCCAGAACAUUAUGGUCAAGUGUGUGGCAUUGCAAAAAAGGCUGAAUAAUUGUAAGUUUUACCAAUGGAUUUUAAAUAUGCAUUUAAUGCAUACAAAUUUACAUAAAAAAGCAAUAGUGCCUUAAAGAUGUGUAAGUUUAGAACAAAAUUGGCACUAAAAUGUUAAAGCAUUUUUAUUGCAUUUUUUACCUUUCAAUUAUAAUGUUAAGUGAAAACUAUUUGAUAUGCUUUUUUAAAUUGCGUAAUUAAAAAAUAUACUUAAGUAUAAAGGCAGCUCUUUUUUAAAAGAAAAUUAUAUUUAUUUUUAUAUUAAAGUAAAAAGUUCAUCAUGUAAUAAAAACCUCAAAUAAACAUAAUUAAUUAAAUCAUUUAUCAAAGGUUUAUAGAGCAAAUAUUGUUUUUUAAACCUUUAAUAAAUUGUCAUGAAAAAAUGUGCUUCAAGUAUUAAAAAAUGUAUUACAUUGGUUUGUUAAAUCACUUGAAAAGUUAAUAAAAUGUCUAUAGGAAAUCUGGUAA